AGCCGGGGCAACAGCCAAGGGAAAGAGCUGCUCCUCGGGGCUUCUUCCAUGAGCUCCUGCGAGAAAUCUUAUCCAGCAAGGGAGGUUUAGGUGUGCCCAGAUAGGAGGCUGGCUCCGUGAAGAGGAGACAUCCUGCUGCUGGUCCAGGAGGGCUGGGAGAGUUAACAAAGAUUCCUGUGAUUUUCACAUGCAUCUUCUGGCACACAACUGGUUGGAGUGGCAGGAUGCUUGACUGUGGAAGGUUAAAUGCAUCCAUCUGCUUGCUGCUUUAGGCUGGGCAUGAACUGUUUUGCGUGCAGUGGUGCUUCAUUAGUCAGCUGGCAAGAUUCAGAAGUGCUUGAGAGGGAGGUGUAAGUUAGACCUCCUCAGCCUCUGUUUCCUCUGAUUUAUUUAUGUUUGCUCAUUGACUAAGUGUAAUGACAUCUAAGGCAGGAAAGGCUGCAUGUUGAAAAGAAGAUGUUAGAAAGCGCUACAUUAAAAUCAAAAGUACCUGCUUUGUGAUAUCCAUUACAGUAAAUGCCACACACUCACCCUUCAGCUUCACUUUGCAAAGCACGUUUUAAAAAAGCAGAAUGGCACGAUACUCUGUUCAAUCUGGAAAUGUGUUUUGUGCUGUCACCGCAGGGAUGUAGCUCUGUGAUGGCAGGCAGGCACAGGCUCUGCUCUGGCCACCAGCCCCAUAUGUGAUGGGGCCUGCAGCAACUCUGCAGGUCUAAGGGGCAGAUGCUUCCCCUGUUGACCAGGCUGUACAUUUGGGGUGGGAGUAGUGGAGGGUGCUGAGUGUGGCUCAGUACAGAGCCUGCUUCUCCUCCUAAACCCCACAAGACUUUUUAGAUAAAUCUUUUCUGUCCACUCCCUCCGUGGGCAGCUUCACAAGAAAUACAUCCUCUUGUGGGGGGCUUUUCCCUCUCCCAGCCUGAACAGUUUACUUCAGAAUGUAAAUGCUAUAGAUUCCCAAAGUGGCUCCAGGUGCCACAGAGAUCACUUAUUCCCUUAUGUUUAAAGACAGUGGGGGAGGUGGUUCUGGAGAUCAGAUAAAUCAAUGGCACCAUUUGGGAAGUCACUGCUUUGAAGUGAACUCCACAUUGUUUCCUGCUGUAGGAUGGAGGAUGGUGGGAGAGCCCACACUGCCAUUGUUGGCUGGGCCUGCACGACCCUGUGCUUGGUCUCCUACGCGGCCGCCUUCUCGCAGGGCGCCAGCCUUUCCGCUUGCACCGACAUGAUGCCCAGGCACCUAAGGGUGCAGCUGCACAGCUCCAACAACAACUACGUCACAGUCCACACCAACAUGUCCUUCUACUUCCCAGGAGACAAGGUGCCAGUGACAGUAAGAAGCACCCGGGAUUACAUGGGCUUUAUGCUGCAAGCUCGCAAAGUGUCCAACAAUGAAACUGCUGGCACAUUCAUCUUCCUGCCUCCUGGUUCCAAGCUGCUGACUUGUUUUGAAGAUGGUGACACUGUCACACACUCGGACAAGUCGCUGAAGAGAAACCUGUCCUUUGUAUGGAAAGCACCAGAUCAACCCAUGGGAGACAUCAAGUUUUUCAUCUCCAUAGUCCAGUCAUACUUUGUUUACUGGGCAAAGAUUGAAUCUGCUGUUGUGGCUCAGGGAGGGCAAAACAAGACUCUUGAUGACAAGAAGCCUGAUGCCGUAGCCCCUGCGCCCCUACAGGGACCAGCUGAGCCUCACCCAACAGGUCCCAUCUCUCCUGCAGCUGCCGCUGGCUCCCUGCUGCCUGCCAGCCCCACUGGCAUCGUGGCAACACCAGCACUGGAGCCAGGUUUUGGUGUGGGGUCAGACACUCAUCCCGUUGCUGAGCCGAAGCAGCCAGCCCGGUCAUCACGGGUUGUGUCCAGCAGGAGCAUCCAGUCCAGAGACUGGGGGCUGGAGCUGUCACUUCCCACCCAAGACAUUGGAAUGGUGGAUGCCUUGCAAGGUUCCCUCUCCCAGGACAAUGCCUCCAGCUCCAGCACCUUCAAUGGAGCAGGAAGCAUUGCCAGUGCUGCCACCCCACACCUGUGUUUGAUGUGUACAGGCAACAGGAAGGCUGCUAGAAAUGUGUGUGCUUCGAGAUACAGGAUACAGAGUGAAGCUUUAGAAAUCACUAAUGAUGGUAGAGGAAGAAUUAGUCUAAAGGCAGAGGGACACAUGGGCAGCAGAAACAGAGUUGAAGUGUUCCAUGAGAUAGGUAGUGAGAACUUAAUCAGCCCCCUUUUCUCUUCCCUUACUGCACAUUUUGGCAUGUUUUUGCUUUCCAAGGGAAGUACUGACAAUGGGACCAUCUUGAAAGCCUCCCUACGUGUGACAGCAUCUCCCCCUGCCCUGCACAUACACACACACCCGGGUGACAUUACUGCAACCACAGUCUGGCUUGGUGAUGCCAAUGCUACUGGCAAUUUGUCCUCGGCUUCAAGGCAAAUGGCAGAAAGAGAACUGGCACCGCAGCCAGAGGAGGCAGGCACCAGGGGUGAGGAGGACAAGGAUGAGCAGCAGGCAGCUGGGAAUUCCCUGACAUGGGUGACCAGACCAGCUCCCGAACCUGCUGUUCCCGAGAAAGAGGAAGGCCCUGGUAGAGGAACGCGACUCCUUGCAGCCCAACUUGGCAUUGUCCUGGUCUGCACGGCUGUGCUGGGCCUGGCGCUGGCAGCUGCCAUGCGCUGUGUCUGCACCCAGCACUGCCACAAGCGGGCCGAGGUGUCCUUCAGCGAGCCAGACCCCGAUGUCAUCACUAUCACGGAAAACGGGGAGGUGAUGCACUUCCGAAAGAUCCGGGAGAACGGCUUCGUGCUGGUGCAAGCUGAGUACAACCGGGUCAGCCCCUCGGGCAGUGGGAAGACUAUGGUGCUUUAGUCCCUCUUUGUGCUGUCAUAUAGAAAAACAAGCCCAAAGCAGCCAGUUUCAGACAGAGGCGUUAGGCAAAAGUAUCUAAACUACAGCUGCUGAGAAAAUAGAAGCUGAUAGAUUACACAGUGUUACACUUACUGCAAUUAAUAUUGUAUAUCUUCUCAUUAGCUGUCACUGUGGCAAUGACAAACACUUCCUCUGUUACCUUAACGGUGUAGCCAAAAAUAGAAAUUCUUCCUCAGCACUAUGAUAUUGGCUCUGGUUUCAUCUCAAUUAAAAAAAAAGUUUCUAGGAACUACAAACCCAACCGUUCUCAUUUAAGAGUUUACAGGUUUGACUCUGUGCACUUGGUAUCCCUCAGAUUACAAAUAUUUGGCACAAGAUUUCAAGUUUCAAUUUGAAAAUAAAAAGCAAUAACUCGUUAGUGGAGAACAUUGAUCCCAAGAAUGCUGAAUUGAUCCACGAGUGAGACACAGGAUGGCAGACACCAGCUUUUGGGGGAGAAACAUGCCUCUUCAUCAGGUGCAAAUGGAAGGAAAUCUUUCCUGUCCAUUUGCACCUGAUGAAGAAGCUUGUUGAAGCCUGACAGUCAACAUUUAUUUAGUCUUUUAUUUUGAGCCAGCUCAGUGACACUGUGCAGAAACACGGACUGAGAAGUACCCUUCCCAGGUCACUUGUCCUGCAAUAGGAAGUUAACAGCAUCGUUAUUUUCUGAGUUUGUGCAAACUUCUCUCUGUGUGAUUUUCUGCAGGAGACCCCAAAAGCAAUCCUUUGAAAACAGCAUGAUCCUGGACACCUCCUAAGAUUGAGAGAUAAAGACAGCAAGGGUAAAGUUUUAUUUUACUGCAGCUUUACAAGAGCCAGAAAUAGACAUGAUAAUGAUCCUCUUGAGAUGUACAUUUUAGAGUCUUUCAGAGAGCAGGAAUUGACCCUUCUGGUGUCCUUUUCUAGGGUGGAUCAGCUCAGAGCUGAUCAUUCCCAAGCCAUGUAGUGGGGAACAAACUUACAUUUUGGUGCUGCAGCCUAAUUCACAGCCCACAGCAAUCCCCCUGAAUAAGCAGAUAAUGACAGGACUCUGAUGGUUCACCCAGCCUUCCUGGUGACAACUUCCCCUCUGUCAGGAGGGCCUCGUGGCCAUCUCCAACUAGUUGCCCAUCUCCAUGCUGGAUAGUCAGUCAAAGCCCUGCUCUCACAUCCUCCCUUACCUCACCACUGACUUCAGAGGAGACAGGUGGGACAUGAGUUCUCCUGCUCUGGCUCCAGCAUGAUGCACAGAGUGCAGCUUUUGCUAAUGAUGCCUUCCAUUAGCAUUCAGAAAGAGCUGGUUUCUGAUCGUACUGCUGCACUGUGAUCAGUGACAUUUGUGCUGCACACAUGGACAAAUUUUUAUCAACUUCACUUCUAGGCCCAGUGAGCCUUGGGCAAAAUAAAUGAGUAAGAAGUAAGUGUACUCACAAACGCAGCUUGCAGAGAUGAGCUUGAUGCUCUUAACCACUGUACUUUGAAGAGAAGGGCAACUGCACCAUAGCCCUUUGCUGCAGAAAAAAUAAGGAUAGUGCUGUAAUUGAAAAGACAAAGUUUGGUUUACGACUCAGAAGGAUGCCAGGUGAAUGGUUUUAUAUUCACUCACUGAGCUUAUGCCCUACCUACUAGUAAGUCUCCAGGUUUUUAAGCACACAUCUAGACACUUACAAUGGCAUUCCUCCCCCUUGUCAUGUGCCUUAGAAAGAAAUCAUGUUUCUGUAACCCAGUGUAACUGAACUGUGUAGUGACUAAAACAGACUGCAUUCUAGUCAUUGUUAAUGCAGCCAAAAAAAAAUCCUAAUUAACUGAGAAAAUAGGUCAACAAACUCUUAAAUAUUUAAAGAACUAUCACAUAUUGUUUUAAAAAGUUUCUUAUGAUGGCAUAGCUGUUUAUGAAUAAAUUACAAAUACCUAUGGCCUCUUUCACUGUCUCUCUAGGAUUAAUGUUACCAGACUGCUCUGGCUGUAAGACCAGAACCUUCCUCUCCUCAGCUCUUUCCCCACAACCCAUCAUUGCUUCUUUCUAGGCUGACUAGAGCAAGGGAAGGUCUCACUGAGAUGUUUGAUUGGGGGAGUGGCACUUCAACGUUCUGCCUUCUGCUAAAUUGAUGUGCUCCAGUAUUAUUAGUAGUAAGACCAGUAAUGGUGAGCUCUGAGGGAUGCAGCUUCUCUGAAUUAGUAAUGAGUUUUGCUACUUUGUGGCUCUCUUGGCUGAGACCUAAAGUGCCCGUGUUUUUUUCUUGACUUCCGAAUCAUGUUCCAUUUGUUGUAGUUGCCAUGACAGAAGGAAUGGAGGUCUUAUCUCUUUUUUAAAGCUCUUAAAAACAUGAGCACUAGUUAGUUUAUUAAAAGGCAAACCAUUCAAACAUCCCCAUUCUUAACUGGCCUGUCUUAUAUGGGAAUUAGUCUGUGCUCAUGCUUGUAACAGAUUUCAGGGAAAAAAAUGUCAGAAUUAGGAAAACAGAGGCACAAAUCAUUCUAAUAUUUACUGGAGAGACAAGUGAAAGUUGUUGCCUUGUUUCACUGUCUAGGUGCAUGAUUGGGCUGGUCACAAACGUUCUGCUGGAACUGGGGAUCUCAGUUCCUCCAGGGUUGCUCAGUCACCUGUGGCCCACAUCAGACUGUCAUCCCUCAGCAAUGUGACAUGGUUUGGGGUCAGAAGCAUUGAAAGCAGCUAAUGAACACCUAUCCUGAGCCUAUCUUCCCACCAGCCAAAGAGGCAUCAAACAUAGUUUUGGCAGUAAAAACAUCUAUGGCUCUUGCAAUGCUUGAGCUAUCCUGACUCAAGAAAAAAAAUAAUUUAGAAAUAACAAAAUGUAAUGUGGACAGGUUGCACUAAGCAAGACAGUUGAUCCAAAGCUUGGACAUCACAGACACUUCCUGCAUUUGUUGAAUUGUCACUAGUAAGCAAAAAAAGCCCGACAUGCUUUGAUUUGGCCCGCUUCAAAAAGGGUAACAAGACUCACAGGAGAAACCACAGGCCCUGUAGGCCCAGCAAUCAUGGUCAGCAGGGAUGUGCGAGCUCAGGCUCUCUCAGAUCAGUGUGGCAUGCAGCCCCAGGCAUUUCAGAGAUCUGGCCGGCUGGCUUGGCCAGCCCUUUUGGCACAGUUUCUGCAACUACUCAGGACAACAAAAAACAAGGCAAAAAAAAGGAAGGCAAAGCAGCAAGCUCAGGAACCCGGAGGUGUUUCAUUUAUUCACUCAGAUUUAAAUAAGAAUAACAAAUGCCUGCACAAAAGAAAAGGAGAUACUCUAACAAUUCCUGCAACAUUCAGCUCCAAAAAGACAGCUGCUUAUUAGCAAAAACAAAUGACAAGGUAGGAGCCUGACCUGCACAGCUGGUGAACAGCAGAACAGACCUCUCACUCCUCCUGGUAAGCUGGACACAUACACUGCCCCUGCCAGGCCCUUAAGGCUCAUUGUGUCUGGACAGCUCUACAGGGCUCCCUUCCUUCCUUUGCCUUCCCUUCUCUCUCCUGUCAGCUCAUCCAAGGCUACCAGGAGGGCAGAGAAGGACCUGGGGAGUCACAACUUUCCUUGGACGAGGAGCUGCUCAGAGAUCUGUCCCAGCCCCUUCCUGCCACCAAACUGCUUCCCCUUCACAGGUCUUGUCUCAGCAGCCCUCUUUCCUUAUUAGUGUGUGUGUGACCCUCUCAAUAAAACAUUUUGCUGUGUGAUGUAUGAAGGACCGUGUCUCAAACCACAUUUUACUGUAUAUUUAAGUGCGAGUUUUGCUGAUUUACUACUGUUCUAGAGAACAUCUCCCUCCCCGAGCAGGGCAGGCCUGUAACGGAUACAUCAGCUCUGAGUAAUGAUUAUUAGUACAUCCCAAGGUUAUGUCCCACAAUCAAAUAAUGUGUAGGAGGGAAGAGAGACUCCAGCUUACUCGACUGAGGACAAAGAUCACAGAUAGUCUCUUUCAAUCUUCAGAUUGCAAUAUCCAUUACAGAUUGCCACCUUCUAAUGUCAAAGUAUAAUUUGUUGUUGAGAAAAUGUGUCGCUGUUCCAAAGGUGAGUCAAAGAUCAGCCCGGCUGUAUAUCAGCGCAUGUUGAUGUACAUUAAGAACUGAUGGCCAGGUACCAAGGACAUGGGGCAGCCGGUGCACAGAGAACGGCAGCAGACGUGACUUGCUGAUCCUUCCUGUGCAAACACGCGGCCCGGAGCGGGAAAAUAUUUAACCCAGUCAAAGUCAGGUGUCACCGGUAAUAGCCAAUGUCUAAGGCAGCACCAAUGCGACGUGUCAGAGGCAGCGGCUGCCUGCAGCGGCUCCGGGCAGGAAUGGUGCUGUUC